AUGUGGACGGAGAUUUAUGGCAUUCUUGAACUAAGACGAAAUUCAAUAAGAUCAUUUGCAUUUGACGUAAUGAACACUGAAAUCCAAAAUAGACUUAUCCCAUUAUUAGCUUGUGUAGCUAAUAAUAAAGAUGAGAUUUUGGAUUUACAAGAUGUUUUUAGGAGAUUUUCUUUUGAUUGUAUUUGUAGAUUUUCCUUUGGAUUAGAUCCAAAGUGUUUGGAAUUAUCACUUCCAAUUUCACAAUUUGCUAUUUCCUUUGACUUAGCUUCACAAUUAUCAGCUAAAAGAGCUAUGCAUGUGUCUUCAAUUGUAUGGAAAAUCAAGAGAUUUUUCAACAUAGGGAGUGAAAGGAAGUUGAAAAAAGCCAUCAAAUUGAUUAACAUACUAGCACAAGAAGUCAUAAGGCAACGUCGAAAAUUAGGGUUUUCGAAUCAUAAGGAUCUUUUAUCAAGAUUCAUGCAAGGGGAUAUCGUCAAUGAGACAUACUUAAGAGAUAUUGUGAUUAGUUUCCUCUUAGCUGGACGAGACACGGUGGCAUCUGCGUCAACAAGCUUGUUUUGGCUACUCGCGGAGAAUCCACGAGUAGCUGAGAGAAUUAGAGAAGAAGCAAAUGAAGUUCUUGGACUAAAUCAAGAACUCACAAGUUGUGAGCAAUUGAGAGAUCUUCAUUAUUUGCAAGCAUGUGUUUAUGAGAGUAUGAGACUUUACCCUCCAAUCCAAUUUGAUUCCAAGUUUUGUUUGGAGGAUGAUUUUUUACCUGAUGGGACUUUUGUUAAAAAGGAAACUAGGGUUACUUAUCAUCCUUAUGCUAUGGGAAGAAUGGAAGAAUUAUGGGGUGUCGAUUGUUUAGAAUUCAAGCCAGAGAGAUGGAUUAAUAAAGAUGGUGUUUUUUGUCAAGAAAACCCUUAUAAGUAUCCAGUUUUUCAAGCUGGGGUAAGGGUUUGUUUGGGUAAAGAAAUGGCUCUUGUUGAGCUUAAAAGUAUGGCUCUUUCAUUCCUCUAACGAUUUCACGUCGAAUUAGCUCAUCCAUCACACCACAUCCCUCGAUUCUUUCCUGGUCUGACCGCCUCGUUUCGUGGCGGUUUGCCAGUAUUUGUAAGGGAAAUUAAGAGUACUACUUAAUCUUGAAAUUAAAC